CAAACAUUUGAAGCUCUCUCCGUCUGUAAAGUGACUCAAAACCUCCCAGUGGACGUUUCUGUGAUGUCAAAUGCUUUUUAUCUUCCGGUGUUGGACGUUGUGAGAGUGUCCUGAUCGAAGUAUGGGAAAAUUCAACUCCAAACAUGCUGCGAAACGCAGACAGAGUCCGGAAGGUGUGAGUUUGGCUUCCAGUGUGCUGACCUGUCAGAGAGAGUUGGAGCGGAGCCACAUCCACAAAACCAAACUGACAGAGAACUUGUACGUAGAGUUGAGGGAAAACAAAUCGCACCAUGACGGCAACCUCAGGGUGGUUUUGCCACCAAAGGAGAUACCUGGUAGAAAGAACAGCUUCAGCUUCCAGAUCAGGAAACAACCAAAGAAGAGGAAUGACCAUCCUGCUGACACCGAGUGCGACGUGGUGCUGGAGGAUGAGUCUCGGCAGGAGUGGGUCUUCACACUCUACAACUUUGACAACACUGGCAAAGUCACAAAGGAGGACAUGUCCAGCCUCAUACACUCCAUGUACGAGGUCAUCGAGGCAUCAGUGAAGCAGCCUCAUGGUGGCACCAGACCUCUGAAGAUCAAGCUGGUUGUUACUCCCUCAGCUUGCUCAACUGCAGAGAAAGAGCGGAGUGAACCUCAGGAGGAAAGAGGUCCAGUUAGAAGGAUCUACUGUGCGGAUGAAAACAUAGAGCGCAGAAAACAUUACAUGGAUCUAGCUGGCAUUGAAAAUUUUACCUCCAAGUUUGACAACACAGAUUUGCCCUCUGCGGAGACCAGUCAGGCUCUUCAGCAUCGCCUAGUGGCGUUCAGAGACAACUGCAUGUCCCCCCAGUCUCCCCGAGGCCUCUCUAUUGUUCACUCCUUGAAAAACAAAGCCAUGCCAGCAGGGAGAGACAAGACCAGGGCAGAGGGAAGGCCCUGCAGGCUUCACGGCCAACACUCUCCUUCAGAGUGUCCUCCUGCUCAGACUCACCCUCCAGCCUCCCACAGUGUCCUGCAGCGUUCCCACAGCAGGAGGCUUCACUCCAGGGUAGCAGGAGCCGCCUCACCCCUCAGACACUCAGGCUUCGCUCAGCCAGGACGAGACAGGGACAUAUUUUCCAACCUUCAGCCUUCCUGUGGGGUCCCUGUCGCCCAGAGACACGAGCACCAUCACCACCACGAGCAUCAUCAUCAUCACCACCACUACCACCCCUCAUAACUGCAAAUCACACACAUAUGAGACAGUGAGCCUGGUUCCAGACAAUAACAAAGCAUCCCGACAGACAGCAACACAGAAGAUCAACAAAGCAGCAGCAGCUCCAGAGGAGGUAAAAGGCUGAAACUCAGAGCUGUUUGAAAGCAGCUCUCAACAACCAACCCAGAGACUCACA